GGGCAUGGGGGAAAGGGCCAGAAUGCCCCUACUUAGUGUCACUGUUGGGGGUUUUUUUCAGGGUGGCAACAGACCACAAUGUUGACAACACGACAGCUGUGCUACGAGAGUGGCUGAUAAAUGUGCAGACCUUCUAUCACUCUGUGGAAUGGAGGCCCAUGGAGGAGCCCAGGUCCUAUCCGGAUGAGGAAGGACCAAAGCACUGGUCAAAUUCUCGCUAUGAGCAUGUGAUGAAGCUCAGACAAGCAGCCUUGAAAUCUGCCAGGGACAUGUGGGCUGACUACAUCUUGUUUGUGGAUGCAGAUAAUCUCCUGACAAACCCAGACACUCUGGGUCUGCUGAUGGCAGAAAACAAAACUGUUGUGGCACCCAUGUUGGACUCUCGUGCUGCCUAUUCUAACUUCUGGUGUGGAAUGACCUCACAGGGUUAUUACAAACGCACUCCUGCCUACAUUCCCAUUCGAAAACGAGAGCGCCGUGGAUGCUUUGCUGUCCCCAUGGUGCACUCCACUUUCCUGAUUGACCUGCGGAAAGAGGCCUCCCGGGACCUUGCCUUCUACCCACCACACCCAGACUACACCUGGUCUUUUGAUGACAUCAUUGUCUUUGCAUUUUCCUGCAAGCAGGCAGAAAUCCAGAUGUUUGUAUGCAACAAAGAGAUUUAUGGCUUCUUGCCAGUGCCACUGAGAGCCCACAGCACCAUGCGGGAUGAGGUGGAAAGCUUCAUGCACGUGCAGCUGGAGAUCAUGGUGAAGAACUCCCCAGUAGAAUCUUCACAAUACCUGUCCAUCCUGCCCAAGAUCCCUGACAAGAUGGGCUUUGAUGAGGUUUUCAUGAUUAACUUAAAGCGCAGGGCUGAUCGACGAGAGAGAAUGCUGCGGACGCUGAAUGAGCAGCAGAUUGACUGCAAAAUCAUUGAGGCUGUAGAUGGAAAAGCCAUGAACAGCAGUCAGGUGGAAGCCAUGGGGAUUCAGAUGCUGCCAGGAUAUAAGGACCCAUAUCAUGGCCGUCCACUUACCAAAGGGGAGCUGGGCUGCUUCCUUAGUCACUACAAGAUCUGGAAGGAGAUUGUGGAGCGAGGAUUGGAGAAAUCAAUUGUGUUUGAGGAUGACCUGCGGUUUGAAAUAUUCUUUAAACGACGGCUCAUGAAUCUGAUGUAUGACCUGGAAGAAGAAGGUCUGGAUUGGGACCUGAUUUACAUUGGAAGGAAACGAAUGCAGGUGGAGCAUCCAGAGAAGUCUGUGCCUCAUGUGCGGAAUCUGGUGGAGGCAGAUUAUUCCUACUGGACUCUAGCCUAUGUGAUUUCACUACAGGGUGCCCAGAAGCUGCUGGCAGCUGAGCCACUCUCCAAGAUGUUGCCUGUGGAUGAAUUCCUUCCGGUCAUGUUUGAUAAACACCCUGUGUGAGUCUGCAGUGCAUCCUGGGGCCUA